UCGAUCGAGUUUCUGAUGAGGUGCUCUGGAUCUUAAUCUGCCAGAUUAUUUUACUAAAUUUCUAAAACUGGAGGGCUGUAAUUUGUCUGUAUUACCAAGAUUCCGGCUAAGCUAGUCCUCACAACUCUUGCAGUUUUAAGAUAUUUACCUGAGGCUGACCUGUUGCUGUUAGCUGUAUAUUGUCUUCAAAGGCCUCUCCUUUUUAUUUCAUUUCAGUUGAGGGUGCUCAAUGCUCAAAUUCACAGUUGGGAAGCUCUGAACUUUGCCAAGCCUCACUGGCCUGAAGAGGUUUGAUUGAGAUUGGGGGUUUCUUUCAUUCCUUCAUUGGUGAAAACAUGAAGGGGGCUGUGUUUGUGGCCAUUGCUGCCACAAUUGGUAACUUUCUGCAAGGAUGGGACAAUGCUACAAUUGCUGGGGCUAUUGUUUACAUCACGGAUGAUUUUGCUUUGGAUAGCUCGGUAGAAGGUCUUGUUGUGGCCAUGUCACUCAUCGGGGCAACAGUUAUUACAACAUGCUCAGGAGCGGUAUCAGAUUGGCUUGGUCGGCGCCCAAUGCUAAUAACAUCAUCAGUUCUUUAUUUUGUGAGUGGCUUGGUGAUGUUGUGGUCACCCAAUGUGUAUGUCCUAUGUAUAGCAAGGCUGUUAGAUGGAUUUGGAAUUGGUCUAGCAGUUACUCUUGUUCCAGUCUACAUAUCCGAGACUGCCCCAUCAGAUAUAAGGGGAUCAUUGAAUACUCUUCCACAGUUCCUUGGUUCAGGAGGCAUGUUUUUGUCAUACUGUAUGGUUUUUGGGAUGUCACUGUUGGCCUCGCCAAGCUGGAGACUGAUGCUUGGGGUCCUUUCCAUUCUCUCUCUAAUAUAUUUUGUAUUAACCGUGUUUUACUUGCCUGAAUCUCCUCGAUGGCUUGUGAGUAAGGGCAGGAUGCUUGAAGCAAAAAAGGUUCUUCAGAUGUUGCGUGGCACUGAAGAUGUUUCUGGUGAGAUGGCUUUGCUUGUCGAAGGUCUUGGAGUUGGAGGUGAAACAUCUUUAGAAGAGUACAUCAUAGGCGCAGCUGAUGAUCUUGAUGGUCAGGAAGCAGCUGACAAGGACAAAAUCAAGUUAUAUGGACCCGAAGAAGGCCUUUCCUGGGUUGCCAGACCUGUAACUGGGCAGGGUUCUAUUGUCAGUCUUGUGUCUCGCCAAGGAAGCAUGGCAACACAGAAUGUGCCUCUAAUGGAUCCUCUUGUCACUCUCUUCGGUAGUGUCCAUGAAAAUUUCCCCGAGGCAGGGAGUACGCGGGGAAGCAUGCUCUUUUCUAACUUUGGCAGCAUGUUCAGCACAGCAGAUCAUCCACGGGGUAAAACCGAACAAUGGGAUGAAGAGAGCUUGCAUAGGGAAGGUGAGGACUAUGCAUCUGGGGGAGACUCGGAUGACAAUCUGCACAGUCCUUUGAUUUCACGCCAGACAACAAGUAUGGAAAAGGAUAUGGUGCCACCUCCUCCUUCUCAUGGUAGUGUUCUAGGCAUGAGGCGCAACAGCAGUCUCAUGCAAGGAACUGGGGAGACAGUUGGUAGCACAGGCAUUGGUGGUGGAUGGCAGUUGGCAUGGAAAUGGUCUGAGAGACAGGGCGAAGAUGGAAAGAAGGAAGGAGGAUUCCAGAGGGUAUAUUUGCACCAGGAGGGAGUCCCCGGCUCACGUCGUGGGUCUCUUGUGUCACUUCCUGGUAGUGAUGUUCCUGCAGAAGGUGAAUUCAUCCAGGCAGCUGCUCUGGUUAGUCAGCCUGCUCUGUACUCAAAAUCACUUAUAGAUCAGCAUCCUAUUGGACCUGCAAUGGUUCAUCCAUCAGAAACAGCUUCGAAAGGACCAAUGUGGUCUGCUCUGCUUGAACCAGGGAUUAAGCAUGCAUUGUUUGUUGGAAUUGGAAUCCAGAUUCUUCAGCAGUUUUCUGGGAUUAAUGGAGUUCUCUAUUACACUCCUCAAAUUCUUGAAGAGGCAGGAGUUUCAGUUCUUCUUUCAAACUUGGGUCUCAGUACAACAUCUGCAUCUUUCCUCAUCAGUGCAUUUACAACUUUGUUGAUGCUUCCUUGUAUAGCUCUAGCCAUGAAGCUCAUGGAUAUCGCUGGUAGAAGGAUGCUGCUACUGUCUACACUUCCUGUGUUGAUAGUGUCCCUUAUUCUUCUUGUCAUUGCCAACUUAGUAAGCCUAAGUUCAGUCGUUGAAGCCGCCAUAUCAACCACUUGCGUGGUGAUCUAUUUCUGCGUUUUUGUCAUGGCCUACGGGCCAAUCCCAAAUAUCCUCUGCUCUGAGAUUUUUCCGACAAGGGUGCGUGGACUCUGCAUCGCCAUCUGUGCUCUGGUGUACUGGAUUUCAGACAUUAUCAUCACCUACUCGCUACCGGUUCUGCUUGAUUCAAUAGGCUUGGCUGGUAUCUUUGGGCUCUAUGCCAUUGUUUGUGUCAUCUCUUUGGUUUUUAUCUACUUGAAGGUUCCAGAAACCAAAGGCAUGCCCCUUGAAGUCAUCACUGAAUUCUUUUCUGUUGGUGCAAGACAAAUUGCUGCUGCCAAAAAUGAGUAAUCAAGAACAGUUGGCUACUUCAUCAGUUUUGGGGUUCUCCAUCUUGUGUGAGGAGAUUUUGUUCCACGCAUUUGAAUAUUCCAAAAGGCUGAUUCUUCAAUUUUUGAUUGUGUAUGAUAAACAAGAUUAUUUUGGAGAUUAUACUAUAAUUACUAAAAGCUUAGAAGAGAUGCUGUCCUUAUUUAAAAUAAGCAUUCUAGCUAGAGUCAAUAUGGCGGAAUUUGUCAUUUUUGCUGGUUCAAUUACACAGUUU